AUGGACAAAUUGAUUGAUGAUGAAUUGUUAGUCACUCAGUUUCAAGCCGGUCGCCAAAAUGCCUUUGAUGAGUUGAUGAAACGUUACAAAUCCAAGAUUUUCUCGUAUCUUCUACGUUCCGUCAGAAAUUACGAGGAUGCCGAGGACAUCACCAUUGAAGUCUUUUUCAAAGCGUACCGCGCCUUAGAAGGUUGGCAACCGAAAGCCAAAUUUUCGACAUGGCUUUACAAGAUUGCGUCCAAUCUUGCUAUCGAUUACCACCGUGCGAAAGCGCGUCACCCUGUCUAUGCGUUGGAGGACACAGAAAUUCCUGAAGCGCGUCUCGUUGCCACCGAUCUCCAUAGCGAUCCGGAGAAACAACUCGUAGAGAAAGAACGCGGUCUCAUGAUCCGCGAGGCGGUUGAUCAACUCUCCCCGAAACAGAAAGCAGUCUUCAUGCUAAGUCGGUAUGAAGGCUUGCAACUUAAAGAAGUCGCUGAAACGCUGGAUAUGGCGGAAGGCACCGUGAAAAUUCACCUCCACCGCGCAGUAAAACGACUCCAAACGCUCCUACGUCCACUGUGGGAAAACAACGAAAUUUGA